UGGCAGGCUCGGCGUGCCCCCUCGGCCCCCCCAGGUGUCCACCAACCCCGGCCCAGCAGCGCAGGUCCCAGCGAUCGGUGGACCAACUUGGCGGAGUAACUUUGUCCCCGGAGCGCCGCCGCGGGGGAAGGGGCACUGCGCAUGCGGAGCUCCAAAUUCAAACAGCUGUUUCCAGAGGCUGCGGGCGGGCGGCGGCGGAGUCGCUGGGGCUAGGGGGGAGCUUUCUGGAGGAGCCAGCUGCCCAAGAGCCAUGGUGGACCGGGGUCCUCUGCUCACCUCGGCCAUCAUCUUCUACCUGGCCAUCGGGGCGGCGAUCUUCGAAGUGCUGGAGGAGCCGCACUGGAAGGAAGCCAAGAAAAACUACUACACACAGAAGGUGCAUCUCCUGCAGGAGUUCCCGUGCCUGAGCCAGGAGGGUCUGGACAAGAUCCUGCAGGUGGUAUCUGAUGCGGCGGGACAAGGCGUGGCCAUCACAGGGAACCAGACCUUCAACAACUGGAACUGGCCUAAUGCAAUGAUUUUUGCAGCCACGGUCAUCACCACCAUUGGUUAUGGCAAUGUGGCUCCCAAGACCCCAGCUGGCCGCCUCUUCUGCGUCUUCUAUGGUCUCUUCGGGGUGCCGCUCUGCCUGACGUGGAUCAGCGCCCUGGGCAAGUUUUUCGGAGGCCGAGCCAAGAGGCUAGGCCAGUUCCUCACUCGGAGAGGUGUGAGCCUGCGGAAGGCGCAGAUCACGUGCACAGCCAUCUUCAUCCUGUGGGGUGUCCUGGUUCACCUGGUGAUCCCACCCUUUGUGUUCAUGGUGACUGAGGAGUGGGACUACAUCGAGGGCCUCUACUACUCCUUCAUCACCAUCUCCACCAUCGGCUUCGGUGACUUUGUGGCCGGUGUGAACCCCAGUGCCAACUACCACGCCCUGUACCGAUACUUUGUGGAGCUCUGGAUCUACCUAGGGCUGGCCUGGCUGUCUCUCUUUGUCAACUGGAAGGUGAGCAUGUUUGUGGAAGUUCACAAAGCCAUUAAGAAGAGGCGGCGGCGGCGGAAGGAAUCCUUCGACAGCUCCCCACACUCCCGCAAGGCCCUGCAGAUGACCGGAAGUGCAGCCUCCAAGGACGUCAACAUCUUCAGCUUUCUGUCCAAGAAGGAGGAAACCUACAAUGACCUCAUCAAACAGAUCGGGAAGAAGGCAAUGAAGACCGGCGGGGGUGGGGAGAGGGUCCUGGGGCCAGGCCCCCGGCUGGGGUCUCAAGGCCACGGGCUGCCAGCAAUCCCCGCGUCCCUGGCGCCCCUGGUGGUUUACUCCAAGACCCGGGGGCCCAGCCUGGAGGAGGUUUCGCAGACCCUCAGAACCAAGGGCCACGUGUCCAGGCCCCCUGGCAAGGAGGCCGAGGACCCCGAGGGUGGCUCCCCAACCUCUGAGGCCUUCAGCAACCAGCUGGACCGCAUCAGCGAGGAGGGAGAGCCCUGGGGGGCCCUGGAUUACCAGCCACUCAUCUUCCAGGACGCCAACCCCACCUUCGUGAGCGAGGAGGCUGGCCUCUUGGACGAGGAGACCUCCAAGUCUUCGCUGGAGGACACCCUGGCAGGGGAGGGGCAGCCCCAGGAGGGGCCCACGGCCCAGGCGCCCCUGAACAUGGGCGAGUUCCCCUCCUCGGAUGAGUCUACUUUCACCAGCACGGAGUCAGAAGAGCUGUCUGUGCCUUACGAGCAGCUGAUGAACGAGUACAAUGAGGCCAACAGCCCCAGGGGCACAUGAGGCAGGGCCGGCUCCCCACACCGCCCGAGACUGGGCGGCCCCGGCGCGGCAGUGGGGGGCCGAGGGCCUCAUUCUCCUGUCCCUUCCAGCCAGAUGCUCGGGUAGAUGUAGUGCAGGCCCAGGACAGGGCCUCUGCUCUCCAGCCACAUGGCGCCUGGCGGUGGGGAGGCCGCUGUCCUGAACGUGGCCCGUGUUUCCGGCGGUUGGAGGCACGUGGGAGGCUGACCCACAAGGGCUGGCACCUGCAUGGCUGUUCACCCGGCGCUUGGGUGACCGUGGCACAGUUCUGAGGCCCAGGCCUCUGCUGAGUUCACCAGUGUUACUGAGCGGCUCUGUGGGGCUGGCACUGAGCUAGACAUUUCCAGGAGGGUAGGAGGGGCCCACAGGAUCUGUUUCUGCCUUUUAUCUCCCAGGCUGUGAUAGGGGGCAGGGCGCCUCUCAGUACCUGGCCGCAGCAGGACCCCGCCCCUGCCCACCUGCCGGUCUGUCCGUGUCCCCAGCCCCAGUCCAGGACCUCACUGCCCACGGGUAGCUCACUCCUCCCCGUCCCCAGCCCGACAGGGUAGGGCCACCCUGCUCUUGGCUCACAAAUGGGCUGCAGCCAAAAAUGUGAACGGAAGUCCUCUCCAGCUCCCGUGCGGCAUGCGUUUGCCAGGAAGGGAAUGGCUAGGCUGGGGAGGAGUGAUAAUGUGAAACUGUUUCUGGCGAGAGAUGGGGAGAACUCCCUGCCGCCUCAUUUUUGGGUUUUCAGUGAUGCUCUCCUAGAUCGGCUCACUUUGACCCUGAAUGUUUUUGUAUUUCUCCUUAAUGAACUGCUGUUUUUAUACCAGAAUCUGUUGUUGGCUUCAAAGCCGGUGAAGAACAGGGUCUAGAAAAGUGGGCUGCCCGGUGUAUACCCUGCUGCCCUCUCCCAACCCUCCGGGGCCUUUCAUGCUGACAUGAGCCAAGGCUA